AUGGGCGCUACGAAUAGCACGCGAUUAGGGGGUACCGCGAGACGGUCCCUCGGGAUCUCGCUACUCUUAGUAGUGGUCGUGCUAUGGACGGCCUCGAAUUUCUUAGCCAGUACCAUCUUCGCCGACAACACCUACUCGAAACCUUUUUUCCUAACCUAUCUCAACACCUCCUGCUUUAUCCUCCCUCUCCUCGGAAUUCUCCUCGCACGAAUAUUUAAACUAUGGCGACUGAACAAAUUCUCUCAGAUCACAUCGUUGAAGAGCCUACUAGAGCACCUCGAUUCAGGCGACCCGCUGCAGGCCGAUGAACAGAAUCAGCCAAUAUUAUACCAUCGCGCGGCCACGGGUGAUGGGGAAGAAGGUGAUGAUGAUAUUCGGGCUACGGACCUGGGGACGCAGAGAGAGAUUGUCAUGGAGCAAUACAAGUCGGGAAAGUUGGGGUUGAGGGAGACGGCGAAGCUCAGUUUGCAAUUUUGUAUUUUAUGGGCGAAUUACUUUGCGAUGGCAUGUCUGCAACACACGACCGUCGGAAGCACUACGAUUCUCACGUCAACUAGUGGUGUCUGGACAAUGGUCUUCGGUGCCGCCCUUUGCGUCGAAAAAUUCACCCUCCGUAAAUUCCUCGGCGUCAUCGCCUCCCUCCUGGGCAUCAUCCUAAUCUCACGCGUCGACCUAUCCACCUCCGACGCACCCGCGCCGGACGAUAGCGGAAAUAACGGUUCAUUCCCACACAAGAGCUCCGCGGAGAUCGCGCUAGGCGAUGCCAUGGCGGCAUUCAGCGCGAUCAUGUACGGCGUGUAUACGAUUGUCAUGAAGAGGCAGUGCGGCGACGAGUCGCGGGUGAACAUGCCGUUGUUCUUUGGACUGGUGGGAUUCUUCAACAUGGUUUUUAUCUGGCCGGGGUUUAUCAUCAUGCAUUUUACGGGCCUGGAGAAGUUCGAGCUCCCGCCGACGGAUCGCGUGUGGACUAUCUUACUGGUCAACUCCGUCUCCUCCCUAGUCUCCGACAUCGUUUGGGCCUAUGCCAUGCUCCUCACAACGCCCCUCGUCGUAACCGUCGGCCUAAGCCUAACGAUCCCGCUCUCGCUGGUGGGCCAAAUCAUCCUACAGAACCAGUACGCGAGUCCGCUAUACUGGGUCGGAGCUGUUAUUGUUUUCUUAUCCUUCUUAGUUGUGAAUCAUGAGAGUCGGCCGGUUGAAGAGGAGGUUUCUACAUCUGCAUUAUCAUCGGGGGGUGAGACGGGGGAGUACAGAACUGUUCCGGGGGAGGAGAGGUGA